AUGGCGACAACACAGGAACGUAAUCAAAAAACGGACGCGACACGGUGGAGGCUUCAAGAUGUUGGUGGAGAGCAGACAUGGCACUACCUGAGCAAGGAACAGGCCAAAGAAUGGCCUCAGACUACAGCAGACAAGUACUUUCUGGGUCUGCCUACUGAACAACCCAGCCUCCCACAUCCAAAAACUCCCCUCCAAUCCGCCGAGAAUGGACUCGAGUUCUUCUCCAAGCUGCAACUUCCUCCUGGCAACUGGGGCUGCGAAUACGGCGGUCCCAUGUUCCUGAUUCCCGGUAUCGUCAUCACUUGGUAUGUCACCAACACGCCUAUUCCGGAAGCCUACCGAAUCGAAAUCAAGAACUAUCUCUAUGCGCGUCAGCAUGCACAAGAUGGAGGAUGGGGGCUACACAUUGAAGGAGAGAGCACUGUCUUUGGUACAGCCAUGAACUACGUCGUCUUGAGAUUGCUGGGCGCCGAUGCAGAGGACCCGCGUCUGAUCAAGGCUCGUGGUCUACUACACAAGCUUGGAGGUGCCGUCAACGGUCCUCACUGGGCAAAGUUCUGGUUGAGUGUCUUGGGUGUCACGCCCUGGGACCUCGUCAACCCUGUUCCUCCAGAGUUGUGGCUGGUGCCUGACUGGGUUCCUAUCGCUCCUUGGAGAUGGUGGAUUCACAUGCGCAUGGUCUUCCUGCCCAUGUCGUUCAUUUGGUCUCGCAAAUGGUCCUUCCCUGCCGAUAAGCUGGUCAAGGAGCUGAGACAGGAGCUGUUUAUUGAGCCUUACGAGAACAUCAACUUCGCUUCCCACCGCAACUCCAUCUCUCGCUUCGACAAUUACCACCCCAAGACGUGGGUCCUGAAUCUUGUUAACUGGAUCUUGGUCAACAUCUGGAACCCCUUCCUACGAACAGAAUCUCUGGUUAAGCGCGCUGAAGACUGGGUCUGGUUCUUGGUCAAGCGCGAAGACGAAAACUCCGACUAUGCCGAUCUUGCUCCCGUCAACGCACCCAUGAACAUGCUCUGCUGUUACAUCGUCGAUGGCCCCGAUAGUUAUUCAGUCCGCCGACACCGUGAACGUAUGGAAGAGUUCUUGUGGGUCAAGGAUGAAGGUAUGCUGGUCAAUGGUACAAAUGGAGUGCAGAACUGGGACACCUCUUUCCUCAUCCAGGCUGUCAUCGAAUGCGACAAGGCUGAAGACCCUAGAUGGAGACCCAUGCUGGAAAAGGCUCUCGAAUACCUGGACAUUGCACAAAUCCGCGAGGAGUGCCUUGACCAACACGCCACUUACCGUCAACAACGUAAAGGCGCAUGGGGAUUUAGCACAAAAGGACAAGGUUACACUGUCUCUGACUGUACUUCUGAAGGUCUUAAAUCAGUGCUCAUGCUCCAGUUCUUGCCCACCUACCCUCAGCUCAUCUCUGACGAACGCAUCAAGGAAGCCAUCGAUGUCCUCUUGACCAUGCAAAACAAGCACUCUGGUGGUUGUUCCUCAUACGAACCUCAACGUGGGUCCGAAUGGCUGGAAUGGCUCAACGCAGCAGAAGUCUUUGGUCGCAUCAUGGUCGAAUAUGAUUACCCCGAAUGCACAACCGCUGUUGUGACGGCCUUGACAAUGUUCGCCAAGCUCUACCCAGGAUAUCGCAGCAAGGAAAUCUCAAUCUUCAAGAAGGGCGCCUAUGACUACAUCCGGAAGUCUCAACGUGCUGAUGGAUCAUGGUACGGUAGCUGGGCUAUUUGCUUCACAUACGCCGGAAUGUUCGCAUUGGAAGCCUUGGCCACUGCUGGAGAGAACCACACAAACUCUGAACGUGUACGCAAGGCCUGCAAGUUCUUCAUUGACAAGCAGAUGAAGGAUGGUGGUUGGGGAGAGACUUACCGUAGUUGUGAGACUGGCGUGUACAGCCAACACAAGCAAAGUCAGGUUGUACAAACCGCCUGGGUCGUCAUCGCCUUGAUCGAAGCCGGAUACCCUGAUAGAGCACCUAUUGAAAAGGCCAUCAAAUUGAUCAUGUCUCGUCAACAAGCCAACGGAGAGUGGCUGCAAGAAGGUAUUGAAGGUGUCUUCAAUAAGAGCUGCAUGAUCUCCUACCCCAACUACAAGUUCAUCUUCCCCAUCAAGGCUCUCGGCAUGUUUGCCAAAAAGUUUGGCGACCUUGAGCUACAGUAA